AUGUCUAGCCAUUGCCCUAAGUGUGGGCAUGCCUUCGACUCGACCGAUGCGAACGAAGCGCAGGCGCGAAUUGCCGACCUCGAAACUCAAGUGCGACUACUUAACUCGAAAGCUUCUUCCUAUGUCGACAGGCUAGCAGACUAUGAAGACGAAAUACGCUCAUUACAAGCCGAAUGCACAAGGCUACAAAAGGAAAAGGACAGUGCUGUAGCAACAAAUUCAAAAGAGAAUGCAGGCAGGUCGAAGGAGGAUAUGCCACCAUUUCCACCACUAGAGAAAGAGAGUGCUACUCAAGCACCCCCGAAUAGACAAAGUCUCUCCAGAUUAGGCAGCUUGACUUCAUACCUGCCCUUACGGCGCAAAGAUACAGCGUCAGACCCACCACCUGUACCACCUCUAAACACAAGUCUCAAUCAGUCAACGCCAAACCUUUCGACUCCAACCACCGAGUACAUGAGAGCUUCAUCUCCUCCGCCAUUUGCUACAGAUCCAGGUCGGCAAGGGCAGUCACUGACACUCGUGGGUCUACAGUCCAGCCUAGAAACAGAGCGUAAUCUUCGUCAACAAGCUGAAACUACCCUGGCGCAAUCGCAAAAUGAGCUGGAAGAGCUGACUGCACAACUCUUUGGUCAGGCCAACGAGAUGGUCGCGGCAGAACGGAAAGCUAGGGCUAAGCUGGAAGAGAGGGUGAAAUUGCUAGAAACUCGUGACGGAGAGAAGAGGAGAAGGUUGGAAAGGCUAGAGAAGGCAGUUGAGCGCAUAGAACGUGUGAGACAGAUGGUCGUGAACCACGAAAAGCAGAUGGGUGAUGAAGCGUAUACACAGACUGAGGUCGUGAAUGGUCGAAAGGUGGGCAGAACAUCUACGGCUCGAUCACAAGACACGCACUACGUUCACGUUCAAGAAGACGAGGUCGGCAUCGUAGAGGUAGUGAGCGAGGAUGAGGAGGAAGAGGCUGUUAGUGUCAUGAACGACCACAACGAUUUCGAAAAUGAUCAAGGCUAUGAAUUUGACGUGCAGUUGAAGGUCUGGAGGAGAAGCAGAGCCAACCUCUGGAGGGCGUCUGUUCUUGACUGA